AUGGGCACCGCCGCGCGCCCGCGCGGCGCCCCCGAGCCGCUGAAGCAGCGCGUCAACCGCUGCCUCCUCCGGCUCUCGGACCGCGACACUGAGGCCAUGGCGGCGGCCGAGCUCGACGCCGUCGCGCGCACCCUGGCCGCGGACGAGCUGGCGGCCUUCGUCUCCGCCGUCUCCGAUGCGCGCCCCACCGACAAGACCCCGCUCCGGCGCCACUCGCUGCGCCUCCUCGCGCUCGUCGCCGCGUCGCACCCGCGCGACGCCGUCGCGCCGCUGGUCCCGCGCAUCCUCGCCGCGGCGCUCCGCCGCGUCCGCGACCAGGACUCGUCCGUGCGCGGCGCGCUCGUCGACGCCGCCCGCGCCGCCGCGGCCGCGUCCGCGUCCGCCGCCGCCGCGCUCGGCCCCCUCGCCGACGCGCUCCUCCACGAGCAGGACCAGUGCGCGCAAGUCGCGGCCGCGCUCGCCACCGUCGCCGCCGUCGAGGCCUCCCCGCUCACCGCCGACCUCGCCUCCUACCUCCACAAGCUCCAGCCCCGCCUCCUCAAGCUCCUCCGCAGCAAUGCCUUCAAGGCCAAGCCCGCCCUCAUCGCCCUCAUCGGCGCCUCCGCGGCCGUGGCCGGCGACGCCGAAGUGACCGCCUCUAUCCCGUGCCUCCGCGAGGCAAUCGCCAGCGACGACUGGGCGGCGAGGAAGGCCGCGGCCGAGGCGCUAGCCGCAUUCGCCCUAGAAUACAAGGAUCUUCUCAUGACCUACAAAUCCUCUUGCCUUGCCUAUUUCGAGGCCAGGAGGUUCGACAAGGUCAAGAUUGUGCGGGACUCGAUGAGCAGGAUGAUCGAGGCGUGGAAAGAGAUACCAGACAUCGAAGAGGAAGAAUUAUCCUCGUGUACGGCGCCGGCGUCACUUUCACAACGAAGAUCUUCUCUCGCAGGUAGUGUAAGUGAUGGGAGAUAUCCAGCUGCUUCCUUAGGCUCAAACUCGGUUCAGUCGGCGACGAGGAAGAAUAGAUUACCUACGAGCAGGUCGCCUCCUCCUGAUGUGUCACCCGGUGUCACAAGAAAGCACAGCCCCUCAUCCAUCAGAAACAAGAGGCUGUCACCGCCUUCAAACCGCAAGGUAGGCCAAGCGAAGAACUGCGACCACAAGGUUGACACUGCAAUUACACCUGAUGCUACCCCGAUCAAAGAGGUGACGGAGGAGAAGCUUCUUAAAGGAGGCAAUCUGAGAUCUAGGCUGGAAACAAGGAGGACGCUUUUCCAGGGCAAUGAAGAGAGGGCAACCAAGUUGGCUGGAGCGAAAGCUGGCUCGCGAGUUGUUCCGUAUGAAUGUGGUAACAUGGAAGAGAUUUCUGAGGUUGAAGGUGGUUCAGAGAGGGCUCAGUCAGGUCUCAAAGAUGAGGGCUUAUCAGAGAUAAGGUCACAGCUGCUUCAGAUUGAAAAACAGCAGACUGGUUUACUUGACCUUCUCCAGAAAUUUAUGGGGAAAUCUGAGAAUGGCAUGAAUUCUUUGGAGACAAGGGUCCAUGGCCUAGAGAUGGCAUUGGAUGAGAUAUCACGUGACUUGGCCGUUUCUUCUGAAAGGAUGUCAAGCAGCGAGCCCCGUGUGAACACCUGUUGCAUUCUGAGCCCAAAAUUCUGGAGAAGGCAUGAUGGUGGUAGAAACUCUUCCAGAUUCUCUGCCUCCAGUGUUCCAAACAGCUCGGAAGGGAGCAGAACUUCUUACAAGUGGGAAAGGCAGAAGUUUGGAGUUCAGGGUGGAUUUGUCACCAACCCGUUAGCUGAGCCAAAUAUUUCUUCUGUUGGGAGAACUGCAGUUACUCAAGAAGGCAGGAGGAAGGAUUUGGCUCUACAGAAGUCAAGGUUGGUUAGGUGA